GGCAUCAUCACCAAGCCCCUCUCUCCCUGUCUUCACAGUUCUCAGCACGCUUGGCUGAGCAGUCAAGGCAGCUGGCAGGGGUGCAGAACGAGUACAGCUUUGCUCUGGUCUCUGCCACUGCCCACCUGGAGCAUUACAGAAGGGUGGAGCUGCCUGCAGCCAUGCAGGCACUGGACGGGGAUCUCUAUGAGCGUCUCCGAGAGCACUUGUCAGUUGCCAGCAGGACUGAGGUAGAGACCUGCAGAGCCACACGGGACUGGUUCCAGGGUGUUGCAGAGGCAUCUGCACGGGUGUGCCGGGAGCAGGACCUCCUUCUCUUCCUACAGGACCACCCUGCUUUCACCCUGGGCCCCGAGCAGCGCUUCCAGCUCAGGGUGGAGGAGGUGUGCCUGCUGCCACCAGAGGAUGACUGGGGCAGUCUGGAGAAAGAGGCACGGCGCUGGGCCACACGGGUGGCUCGUGACCGCAAGAACAAAGCACACGGCGAGGAGGUGCUGCAGAGGCUGGAGGCCAGGCGGGGGCGGGGGCAGGGGCCAGAAGCGGCUGCCGUGGAGCGGCAGAUGGAAGAAGCAAGGGAGAACAUUCGGAAGGCAGAGGUCAGCCGAGUGAAGGCUGAGGCACGGCUGGCACUGCUGCGGGCAGCAGGGCUGGAUGUGGACACUUGGCUGGCUGGGGCCAUGGGGGGGACAGGCGAGGAGACCCCCACGGGGCUGGAUCCAGCAGAGUUCGAUGACUAUGAGGACAGUGAUGAGCCAGAUGAGGACAAUGAGCCUGGCCCUGCUGCUCGCACCUACCCCUACACUUGCCGGGUCAUCUUUGGGUACCAGGGCUGCCAGGCAGAUGAGCUGUCCAUCACCCAGGGCGAGGAGCUGGAGAUCAUCGAGGAUGGGGAUGCAGAGGAGUGGGUGAAGGCUCGGAACAAGGCAGGCCAGGUUGGUUAUGUCCCUGAAAAGUACCUGCUCUCCUUGGGGUGUGAGCCAGGGGCCGGGCUGGGCCCCCCAGGACCUUCUGCGUUGCACCGGCAGCUCUCCAGCAUCGAGCUGAGCUUCCCUGAGGGAGCCAUCAUCCGCGUGCUGCCCCGUGCAGCUGGGGACGUGGACGAUGGGUUCUGGACCGGGGACUUUGACGGCCCCCUGGUGGUGGAGGAGCUCACCGGGGCUCAUGGGGCAACUGCACAGGAGCUGCCGUCACCAUCCCCUCCGCCCUUCUCCCCUCCUGGCCUUGUGCCCGGGACCAGCCUGGCCCCCAGCCCUGCUCCUGAGACACCGCAGGGAGGUUGCCGGCAGGAUGGCACCAGCAGCGGGCAGAACAUGGGAGCCACACGCCUCCGGCCACUCCGUGCGCCACCACCGCCGCCUGGCAGAGCCCCCGAGCCUGACCCUGAGCUGCACCCGAGCUGA